CGGUUCCCCUUGCAUGCAGGCAUCCUCUCUGGUCCCGAGUGGGCCCCUCCGCCUCCUUCCCCGCGGGGGGCUCUUUCGCACGUGCAGAAGAAUGCACGCGCCUCCGGCGUUGGCCACCGGGCUCUCCCCCCUCUCUGUCUCUCUGUCCGGGGCUUGCAAACGCCGCUCUCCGUUAGCGUCGGUUGCAAAACUUCCCCCUUGAAGUUUUCUGCUUCCCCGCAAUCCGCCUUGGGAGUCUUUCAUUCAGGUGGCCAUGGUGGAAGUCCAGCUAGACGCAGAACAUGACUACCCGCCAGGACUCUUGAUUGCCUUCAGCGCUUGCACGACCAUCCUGGUGGCCGUCCACCUCUUUGCCUUGAUGAUCAGCACCUGCAUCUUGCCCAACAUCGAGGCCGUCAGCAACGUCCACAACCUCAACUCGGUCAAGGAGUCACCCCACGAGCGCAUGCACCACCACAUCGAGCUGGCCUGGGCCUUCUCCACCGUCAUUGGGACCCUGCUCUUCUUGGCCGAGGUGGUGCUUCUCUGUUGGGUCAAAUUCCACCCGCUGAAGAAGAAGACGGGCGCCGACGCGCAGGCGGGCAACGGCACCAUCACCGCCGGCGAGGCGGCCGCCAUCACCUCCACCACCAUCAUGGUCCCCUUCGGCGUGGUCUUCAUCAUCUUCGCGGUCCACUUCUAUCGCUCGCUGGUGACUCACAAGACGGAUCGGCAGUUCCAGGAGCUGAACGAGCUGGCCGAGUUUGCCCGCUUGCAGGACCAGCUGGACCAUAGAGGAGACACCUUGCCAUCUCCCGGCGGGCACUACGCCUAGAAAGCUGCUGGGAAGAUCAAAGAUGGUGGAGCCAACCAGGCUCUCCUGACCUUUUCCGAAUUUGGCUGAGCUGUAAUCCUCUGUGUAAGGAGAAAGAGGUUACGAGAGCGGGACUUCUUAGAGCUUUUAAGAAAUAAUAAUAAACCAAUAAAAGGCACAAAAGAA